ACCUCAUCACUGUCGCCAGAGUGAAAGCUGAGCUGCAAACAGGAAUGAGUGAAGAAGGAAACACCACAAGGCCUUCAAAAAGCCUUUAACUGGUGAGAAGAACGAAGAGUGUAGCUGUGGAUGUGAACAUUUGAACUCUAGCAAGAUGGUUUCUCUAGGCAUGCACAUGCUAGCGAGCGCCUUAUCGCUACUUGGAUGGGUAGGAGCGCUCCUGUCCUGCAUCAUGCCAAUGUGGCGUGUGACAGCCUUCAUUGGAACCACAAUUGUAACUUCAGAGAUCAUGUGGGAGGGCAUUUGGAUGAGUUGCGUGAUCCAAAGCACGGGGCAAAUGCAGUGCAAACCGUACGAGUCCACGCUCGCGUUGGGCACAGAUCUGCAGGCCGCUCGGGCCCUCACGGUGAUGGCGAUCCUUUUAGGAGGCGUAGGCCUCGUUUUAGCCUUCAUCGGAGGAAAGUGCACCGUCUUCAUGGACCGCUCCAAAAGAUCCAAAGCGAGGGUCGCCACAGCAGCCGGCGUCACGUUGAUUGUCGCUGGAGUUCUCAUCCUGAUCCCCGUCUCAUGGUCGGCUGGCAUUGUGGUUAGAGCGUUUUACAACCCGCAGAUGGCCGAUUCGCAGCGAAGGGAGAUCGGCGGUGCCAUUUAUGUCGGUUGGGGUGCAUCCAUCAUCCUCAUUUUGGGUGGAGGAAUGCUCUGCACCACUAUCUGCAAAGACAAAUCAGAAGACGACAGUGGUCGUUCGGUGAAGUACCUCAUUGUGCGCUCUUCACAGGCAGGGUCCAGCAGGGCGGGCUCCCAAAGGAUGCGUCCCAUCUCUGUGAGGUCGAUGCAGAGUGGUGCUCCAUCUGUAAGGUCCCAAUGGAGUCAGAAACCCCCUUUCAAUCAGGGCAGACCUCCUUCUGUGGGCUCUUACCAGAGCAGGCCAUCAACUACAAAGUCUCAGCUUGCCAAAGCUGAAUCGAUGCCAGAGUCUGAGCAGGAUGAGUGGGCGUUGACUAAGUCCCCUAAGCUGAUUGAUGAUGGUUUGGAUCAGACACUGGAUGCUUUUGAACCUAGUGAAAGUGAUCCCAAGACAUACAUUUGAUUAAGGAGACAACCCGAAAAUGCAAGAUUUGGGUUUAUUGAAGGACCUACAUGCACUUGGACAGUUGUUUAUCUGCCUAAGCACUGUGAAUAUGAAGGAUUUGUGAUAAAAUGAAGAACAUGUUAGUGGCUGAACUUUACUAUUAUGUAAAACUGAUUGCUUAUUUAGUUAUUCCGACUUUUUUAGAGAAUUUGAGGCACUUUAGAAAGUGCAGCUGAUCGAGAUGAAGAUUUGCACUGUUAAUUACACUCAGACCUCAGCAGUCAUGAUUAUUAUUGUUGUUUUAUACUUAAUUUUAAUAGCUUACAUUGAUUUUAAUGAAUGUGUGAAUGUUCAUGAUUGGUAAAAAUGUACUUAGCACAGUUUGUUCUUCCUUUCAGCUGACGCCUCUUCAACAAACAUGGAAAUUUCUCAGUUUCAUUCAAAUACUAGGUUGUUUUCCCUCCUAGGGAACUAGAAUGAACAUAUUUCUGGUUGAAACACUUAUAUAAAAGCACUGCUAUGAUCUUGGCCACACAGGUGGUCUUUCAGAGAUGGACAAUGGCUCAGUUCAAAUGUUACAAGGGAGGGAAAAGAACACUCUCUUCCUUGUUAGCCUUUCAUGUAUGUCAGCUCAAGCGCUGAAUGAAACGGCAGAUCCAGGCUAAACCGGUUUAACAGAAAGUAUCACCUCAUGGAAACGCUUUGCAUUUUGUCAGUGCACAGAGUGUUUAAACAAAUGUAUUGUAGUGAAGCUUAAGCUGUAGAGAUAAAGCAAAAAUAAAAAUGUUAAUGCUCAUCCAUUUUGCUCAAAACUUAAGCAAGUUAUGAAGUAUAACGUCAGCACUUCCUGAAUGCCUUCACAUAUGCUCUUGUAAUAUUUGUUUAGUGAGAACACUGUGAAUCCACCUGUUCUGAAUGUUUAAGGAAAUACAAACUAAUAAAAAUGUAUGUAAUAUGCUAACUUCUCUCUGAAAUA